AUGGAUCGCCAACACGCCAUCACAGAACCCGAACAGCGAGAUGAAUAUGCAACUGGAUGGGCUCAUCGAGAACUUAACAUGAUGCCCAUAGCGGUCACCCAAACAGACACACGGCAAGCUAUGCUACUCAUAGACGGUCGCGACACACUAAGUAGCUUUCCAACGAGUGCAAACCCACGAGAUACCUCUCAGUCAACUUCGUGGGUGGCCUUCAAGCCUUGUCAACAACGAGCAGGAUUUGCUGGAUGUGACCACGGACAAGGAUCAGGCCUGCCAGAAGAGGUGCAACAGGAGCUCGCCGAAGCGGAGUUGCGGCAUACUGUAGCACGCUAUCAAAUCCUAGAAAAGGCAAAAGCCUUCUCUCCAAGCACACACACACGGAUUGUAGAUUCUCCCUGUAUGGGUCCUGUCAUGGGUAGCACAAUCACCGACUAUGGUGGGGAAUCUGGUCCUUCCAACGCGUUCAUGCAUUCACAUCAGCUUUUCAACCACGACCCUAUGCCGAAUGAUAGCGGCAGCAUGCAGGGUUCCAACCUCGGUGUCUGGCAUACACAGCAGAUCCCAGAUACCACGUUUGAUCUGAAUCCUUCCCAGAAUGUCGUCCAUGAUCCAGAUCAGACGAGCAUUACCUUUCCCGAUAUCCACGUCGACGACCCUAGUGCUCCCUAUCAGGUCAUGUAUCGUGAGCCAUCCACAGAGAUCUCGAUGCGACUCAGAACACCACCUUACAACAGGAUGAUUCCUAUCUUAGAUACAGGCGACCACGCAAACAACGGAUCUUUCUUGGAAGCUACUAAUCCUUGUCACAGCACGCAAUCAGUUCUUGCGCGGCAAGGAGUUGGAUCCGUCGCUGUUGAUGCAGAUAAUCUGGAAAUGUAUCCGAUUGAUGACGCCGCCUGCAACAUGACAAGUCCUCUUACUGUUCCACCGUGGAACGGCAACAUCGCUUCGCGUCAAGGCCAUUCCUUUAUUGCAGUGUCGCCUGGGUCGUCGUCUUAUCCGACGAGCGAGCAAUAUGCUACAGGCUGUGCCGAUGCAGUAGAAACUGCCGCUCCCCUGCUCCAUUCUCAAACCAUGACAGUCGUCUCUGGAAUCGGUGGCGACCAAUUAUCCAUCGCCAAAAGAAAAACAUGCGGUUCGGAUAACGCUGGCUAUGACAAAACAUUGUCUAGUUGUGCGCUCGACAAUAUCUACUUUCAUACAAGCCCUGAAGCUGAUCGUGAACGUAAAAAAGGCCACCCAAAGCGCCGAAAGGUUACGACAAAAGCUUCUUGGUCCUGCUUUGGAUGUCGCCUCAACAAAAAGAAGUGCGAAACUUCGAUCGACGGUCCCUGCCUUCGAUGCAAGGACAUAUUGAGCAAGAAUGCCUAUCGCACACCAGUUCAGAAGUUCACAUGUAAUGUCAGAACGAAGUUCGUAGACUUUGCAUUUUCAUGCUUCACCGAUGUACCGGAGACGUCUGAUUCUGAGAGGGGACUACUUAGAGCAGCUUCAACAUUCCUGUUCACAGCUGAGUUCCAGGUGAAAAGAAUCGGAUCCACUUUGCCAAUAACCAUCGACAACAUCAUGAGAUCUGAGCGAGCUAUGAUGACCAUGAUCCACAAACUUUUGGAGGGUCUCCGCAGCUUCCUCGACUUCAUGGAGCCGCUACACGCCAGACGAUUUUUCCGACAGUGCACCCAUCAAUCGGUGAUAUGGAGUUACUCUUCGAGCAUACUCAAGUGGGAGAGCGUAAUCAGCUUUCUUUGGCCGAGUCUGAAAGAUGACCUUUACUUCCAUAAAAAUUACCAUCUUCAUACGCUGCGCCGAAUCUCUCUCGAAUGGCUCGAUCAUAUGGCAUACCUGGGACACUAUUUUCUGGUAGCUGUGUUGCUGAACGUAUGGUAUGAGGAGCUAUUGGUCAUGGACAAGAACCCCAUAACAAGCAGCUCCGCGAAAGAUCACCUCCAAUCCUGUCUUAUGGACCGCAUGCUACAUGUUUAUCGCAGCCUCUUCCCUACCAGUACUGCUGGUAAGGCCUCACGGAAAAAGGAGUUCAAUGGUUUCGCGAUGACACUCAGUCUUUUCCCCUCCACAACCACACUAUUGCCGUCACACUAUUAUCAAUUCUCGAUGUUCAAUUGUGCACGGCAUAUAGUACAACAACAGAAGAUAUCCAUACGCUCCGAUGAGAGCCUACCACCGGAAAAAGCUGAUCCGCACUGCCAGAAGCCAUCGCAACACUCCUUUCCUAUGCUGAAAGCUUACGUUCCCGCACAGCUGUUUGUUAUCUUAGGCCUGGACACAGAAACGCAAGAUCUCGGUCCAGAUACGCAGUGGAUGGAACCUAUUGAAUUGCGCAUUCAAGAACAUCUCAAGACCUACGAUGAAAAGGUUCAGAAGGAGAUACUCGACCUUUCGCCUUAUAUCCUGUCCGUUGGGACCAAGGCGGUCUUCGACGACAUCGAUAGAAUCCUUGCAGAGAAGGGUCUUGGCCAUCGGGACCGUGCAGCUUGGGAUAGUAAAGGAAGAACACUACUGCCUCGGAUUGUCGAAUCCUCCAUUCGCUAUUGCACAAUGCUCUUAGAGUCUGUACAUUUCUGGUCUUUAUCGCAGAAGAGAGAAGUGACGCUCGCGAAAUUUCUUAUGAAAAACCGAGACUUAGAGGAUAAGUACUUCCGGGACUUAGUCGAUGGCUCUGACUCUUCCAGAGCUAGGCCAAUUCCUAUCGUGACGAGCUGGGUGUCAAGUCUGCAGUCGAUAGAUCCGGAGGUAGUCAAAUUGGUUUUGGGGUCCCCCUCAAAUCCGAGGAGGCACGUGUAUACUAUGUAG